AUGGCGGCUAAGAUGCCUUUGUUGCGAAACGAGGCAGUUUGUCUACACUACCUCAAUGGCAUUCACAAUCCACAUGGUGAAGAAUCACGAGAGCCUAUACUGCGUUUUAUUAGUUACGGACUUACGGAUAGGCUCAAAUAUCUG